AUGUCCACCUGUGUGAAAUUAAUUCUUCUCACAGGUCCCGGAAAGCAACAACAUGCAGCUUGCAACCAUCCAUGUCCUUGCAAUGAUCAUGAACCUCAUCUUGAUUCAUUAUUACUACUUUUGAAACAAAAACUUGGAUUCUUCGGAAGAAGGUUCAUUUCACAACCAUUUUCAAUGAAUUUCGAAUGCAUUCAUACAUUCGGACAGAGUGGCGUUCGAGGAAAUUUCAAUCAUCAAUUUAAUUUUCCAACAAGUCUUGCCAUCUCGUAUCAAUAUUCAUUCGUGUUCAUUUGUGAUAGUUUCAAUGAUCGAAUUUUAAUAUUUGACUUGUGUUCGAGAGAAUUUAGAAAAAGUUUUCGAAUAAUGGGUAAUUCGGAGCGUCCUCGAUUUUUGUGCAUGGAAGAGGAAAGGAUGAAUGGUGAUGUUGCACUGAUUGUGGGCUGUGGAGUUUUUGAAAAUUUCACAUUUUACAAAUUAGAUGUAAAUAAGAAUCUAUCUUUGGAAAUGAACCAAUCCUCCAGUUCGAAUAUUAAGCCAGAUUUGACACGUAGUAAUCUCAACAACAACAACAAAAACUCCUCCUCAUCUGGACAAGUGUGUGAAAUGAACUAUAUAUGGAAAUCCAUGAAUCGAUCAAUCAAAAGUAUGCAAGGAAUGAGCAUUUCUUCAUACUACCAUCAAUUAUUUGUGUGUGAUAAAUCUUCAACACCAUGUGUUCAUGUAUUGAAUUCUAACAAUGGAGAUUAUUUAGAGCGAAUUGAAAUGGAUUAUUAUCCAAGCUCUAUUGAACUAUUUCAUCAUUGGAACAAUCGACAUGAUGAACAAGUAUUAAUCAUUUGUGACACUCAACAUGUCAUUUCCAUUUUUCAAAGAAUUUCAUUUCCAAAACGAAGGAAUUAUGAACCUGGUAGUGUCCAAACGAAUUCAUUUCGAAACCACAACCAAUGGAAACGAUUGAAAAAAUUUAGUAUUCAAAAUAGUUCAAAACUAACCAUUGCUUCAACAAAUAUGAUUGUUGACAGAGCAUCCAACACAUUAAUUAUCAGUGAUUUCUUGCAAAAUUGCAUUCGAAUUUAUUCAUUAGAGACUGGAGAGUUGUUGAAAGAAUUUGGACAAGAUCAUCUAAUUCAUCCUCAAGGACUGACCCUUAAUGAACUGAAUGGAGAAUUGAUGGUAUGUGACACAUCCAAUCAUCGAGUUCUAGUGUUUAAAUGA